AUGGCGGAAAUAAGGGAAAUUACAAAGAUUGAACAUUUCAAUGGAAAGAACUACCAAUCUUGGAAGUAUAACAUGAAAUUAGUAUUGAUGGAGCGAGGAUUAUGGGGUUUUGUAAAUGCAACUGAGGAACAGCCAGCUGAAACCGCCACUGCACAGGUAAAAAGUGCGUAUCAACUAAGAUCUGACAAAGCAUAUUCAUUGAUUGCACUAAGCGUUGAUAAGAAUCUACAAGUUCACAUUAGUACAACAACAAAUCCUUUGGAAGCUUGGGAGACACUUCGAAAGCAAUUCGAGUUCGUUUCAAUCACUCAAAUCGUAAGAUUAAACCGCAGAUUUUAUGCUGCUACUAUGAAAGAAGAUGGCGAUAUAAUGGAGCAUAUUACGUACAUGACAACACUGGCAGAGCAAUUGCGAGAAAUAAAAGAGGAGAUUUCAGAUCAGAAAUUUGCCACAGUGAUUUUAGGAAGCCUUCCUGAAUCGUAUGAAAAUUUUAUUUCAAGUUUGAAUGCUCAGAAAGUAGAAGAUCUUAAG